AUGAAUAAGGGGGGAGUUAGACUAACCAUUUGCAUUUUCAUUUUCUUCAGAAUUAAAUGUUUCCUUUUUAAAGAGAUUAACCAUGCAUUGACGCACCUGCUCAAACCACGUUGCGGUUUCGCAACCGCAAGUACCACGCGGAAAAACAGACAAAUCCCGAUUCAGUAUAUUCACACGGCGUGGCCAUCGCACCGUUUACAAUGUAAAAAGGGGCAACCCUAUCGGGGUAAACGUGAAAACAAUUCUACACCAUAUAACCCCCCCUUUUGCAAAGAACACAGUCCAAAUGAAGAACUGCAAGACAACUCCCCUCAUAUGGGGGAUAGUCAUAAUGAGGGAGAAAACAAAUUCAUCGGUAGAACCUUCGAAGGGAUAACCAUAUACCCCCUGCAACAGCCGGAUGAAGAUCGGAACAUCCUCAGAACUAAAAUACCAUCGAGGGAAUUCAAGCCAAAGAGAAGUUUAGGGCAAAAUUAUUUAAAAGAUGAAAAUAUCAUACAAAAAAUGAUCAGCGCCAUUGAGCUGGAUGCAGAUGAGUUCUAUAUGAAGGACAAUCGGGUUGGCAGUAACCAGGGGGGGGGCACGAAGAAGGCGAAGGGGAAGGGGAAGAAGAAGUGUAAAGGACCGAAGAAUCGAACAGAGCACGGCACAAGGGACGACAGCAACGGGGGAGUUGCUAAGGAGGAUGGGAAUACCGCGAACACGGAUAACCCAAUCACCAUGCAGGAUAAUUACCCUGCGAAUUCGGAUGGGUCCACCACGCGCAGCGCAAACAAAACGUGUUCCUUCCAAAGCGUGAGGGAUCAGGGGAAGGGAAUCAUCGAGUUGGGGUGUGGACUAGGACAAAUAAGUAAAUUCCUUUUCGCAAAAUAUAAGAAAAUGACGGCGGUAGAAAUAGAUAGUCGAGCUUUGUCCGUUCUGAGCAGAACCAUGCCGGGCUUUGACUUCAUCCACGAUGAUGUAUUGCAAAUUAAUUAUAAGGACCUCUCCAAAAGUAAAGGAACCAAGUUAACCGUAAUAGGUAACUUACCCUUCUACAUAACCUCCCAAAUAUUGUUUUGCCUGCUCGAUUACCAUCAUUAUAUCGAACAAGCAAUCGUUACCAUUCAGUACGAGGUUGGCCAAAGAAUUAUCUCCAAGCCAAAUGAAAAGAAUUAUUCCAUACUAAGUAUACUUUUUAAUUUGUACACAAAUCCAUACUUGCUUUUUAAAAUUCCGAGCUCUGCCUUUUAUCCCGUUCCCAAGGUAGAAGCAGCUGUGAUGAAAAUUAUUUUCAAACAUUCCAACCUUAACUGUAAUUUACUUUUUCUAAAAGAAAUUCUACGGCACUCGUUUCAGCAGAGGAGGAAGAAACUUAAGUCCAGUUUGAAAAGGCUCCUUGCGAAAUAUUCCACCGAAGGGAAUCUUCAACUUCCUUCAUCUUUUUGCGAUUUGAGACCACAGCAGUUAACUCCCUUGCAAUUUGUUGAACUCACGAACUUUUUAUUUCCCCUUAGCUCCUACCCCUUCGACCCCACUAUGCAGACCAAGGUAUGGCGCAAGAAGAAGCACGGCGAUUGA